CGUAUACCAGUCCCAACUGCAUCGGGAAAAUUUCACUUGAAUCAAAUCUCCCUUUACUGAAUUGGCUUGCCCACUGGGCAAGUCCAAUCCCCACUUUAAUACUGCGCUGUAUAUUCUACACGUGUAAACAUAAUCCUGUGAGCGCAUGCGGCAUGCAUGCAGCUGAUAUUAUCGACCUGUGAAAAAAGGGUUAUAACCACAAUGAGCACCAUCCCAAAUUAUUUCCGACAAUAUGGAAAGGACAUUGAAAGAUCUUUUAGGACCGAGGUGUUCAUCCGGGUGUAGCCGAUUGGCCUAUCAAAAAGGCGUUUGUAAUUAAUUCAAUGGUUCUCAUAUUUUCACCUGAGGGAAGAUCGGUCGGUUGGUCGAGGGGAGGGUGUAAUAUUAUUUCUUAAGAUUAAGUUUGUCCCAUAUUUUUCUUUGAAGGAAAUUCCACACAGGGUCACUGGCAUAAAAUACUUUCCCCUCAGUCGAAGCCAAAAUGAUAACCAUUAGCCUUUUGAAGCAAGGUGGAGACAAUAUAAGUGGGCGCUAUUUGAGGUCCACUAGCCAGGCCUGUGGAGGUCAUGUUUGGUACCCGCACUGUGGUCACAGUCAGCGGCUUCUUGGUUGGAAUGUCUAUGAUCGUCGCGUCCUUUACCACCAAACCUGUGGUGUUCACUUUGACACUGUCACUUGUAGCUGGACCAACUAUCAUUUUUGUCAAUAUACUGACAAGAGCUCUGAUUGGACGCUGUUUUCCAACAAACUAUGGCACUGCAAAUGCAAUUGGAACAUCGGGGGCCUCUGUAGGAUUGAUCACCGCAGGACCAUUUGUCCAAUUGUUGCUGAACACGUACGGUUGGAGAGGUACCUUGCUUCUUAUGGGUGGCUUAAGCCUGCAUCUUGGCGUGUGUGGUGCCACAUUGCGAUCACUUUCGACCGAAACUCAAACGAAGGGAAACUACCAGCUACUUCGCGCCGACACUAAUGAAGAGAUACGAGCUAGUGCCAAGAAUACCGACAACUCGAUACAGUCACAAUUUGGCGCCUUUAAAGAUGCCAUCGGUGCUCAACUGAAGCAUUUUGGAUUCUCCGUUUGUGGUCGGGUUUCAUUUUGGAUCACAGGAGUCGUAUUCACAUGUAGCCACUUCGCAGCUGAUCUUUGGUAUAUCUAUUACGUUUCCCAAGCGGAGGUCAAGGGCUUCUCUCCGGAUGAUGCUGUGACAUUCACUGCAGCUGCGGGGUUCGGUAGCUUAGUUUGCAGGAUCACAUGUGGUCUUAUCGUGGACCGAGGUUGGUUGAAACUGCGAUGUGCAAUGGUGCUGACGAUCAUAACGAGUUCCAUAACUCUCUUGGUAACUCCCUGGAUUAACACGUAUUGGCCAAUGAUGGUCAAUGCUUUUCUCUUUUUUGGCUCGUCUGGGACACUUUUCACACUCAACGAUCUCUAUACAAGGGAGCUGCUUGGAGUUGAUCUCCUGGCUAGCGCUUUCAGCUGGAUGGAAUUAUUGGCAGCUGUUUUCAGUUUUAGUCUUGGAUUCGUUCCAGGUUGGAUGUACGACCAGACUGGCAGUUAUGACUGGGCCUUUUUUAUCUUGGGAUGCAUAUCAACUCUACCGUUGGUGGCGCUGAUGUUGGAAUGGUUUCUAGAGAAACUGAAAUCAUAGUGGCAGUUACUUGCAUUGGCAAGUUCGAUCAGCGACAAAUAGUCAACCAGUUGUCGGUUUAGACUGGUAACGUAUGCAUCAAAUAUAUAUCGGUCAUCAGGGAAAAUUGGAUAGUGGUUAACAAACUGCCGCUGAUCGAACUUGCUCAAUUAGGUACAAUAGUGCCUGAGCUAAAAACCAACAAUGGUCCGAAAGGGGGCAUCAGAAAGGAUUAUGCUCCUUGUACACAUGUACUGUACAUGUAUACAGUGUUUCAUUUUAUUGUCCACACUAAAAAGCAUAGAAAUUCAACUUCCACUGGCAAUUCUAAAAAGGGCUACAUAUAAACUAUUAACAUGCAACAUGCAUAUCACUAACCAAUUAAUGAUACAGUACAAUUAAAGGACCAAAGUACGGGAACAUUGCACAGUAAAUAACUUCACAGUAAAGAAUCAACGUCUAGCAGCAUGGAUAAUUAAUUACCUAUUCACAAACCUAUUAAACAAGUGGAUUGCAUUUGAGACAAAAGAAUUUUUGCACGACAACGUGUAGCAGAUGGAACACAGAGAUGUAUACUGGAUCUGUUGAAUUUAAACAAGUCAUUGAGUGGAUGUGAAAGAUCGAGUAUUAUCUUAUGAACUUUCAGCAAGACACACUGUUCAUACAGAGAAGUAAUGGAUGGUAAGUUAGAGUGGAUAAUGCGCUGAGCAGUCCUCCUUGGCCUUUCUAAUAUUGAUAUUUUCCUUUGUAUAUUGCCGUUUCAGUAAUGAGGGACAAAUUUUGAUUUUCUAAAUACUAAAUUGCCAAUAAAUUUAUAGCUGUAGCUAAAAUGGAAAGUAGUGAUGUAGAUGUACGCCAAUAAAUCAGUGUCGCCCCAUCACAAAGUAGCACUGGAUCUCUUUAAAGAGACAGUAAGUAAAAUUUGGACGAAUUUUAGGCGUCGGUUGAGUUUAUUAUGUUGGACUCAUGCUGUGAACGAAUAUCAAGGAGCUAUUAAACACAAGGAGUCAGCAAGUAGAGAUCAAAAGGGUCAAUGGUGGCCACUGCCAUACUGCGCGUGCUGCAAGGACAAAACAAAUUCCACGCCACUUGCGGGCUACAAGGAAUGCUCGGAGUUGCAUUUGCAGAGGAUCGUGGGUACUGCGCAUGCGUGUCCGUAACACUUCCGCAUGUUCAACAUGGCCGCCUUAAGACGGAAAUCAUC